CCCCCAGCCCCCCGGCACGUGACCCGGGAGCCCGGCUGGUCACGUGACGCGGGGCUCGCGGCGGUCAGGGGUGGGGGUGCCCCGGGGUACUCCCUGGCUGCCCCCUGACACGUGACGCGCGACCGUCGUGGAGGCCGCCGCUAGUGACAUCGCCGGCUUCCGAUCAGUCAGUCGGCUUCCUCCAGGAAGCCCGCCGGUGUUGAAAGGGCACGCACCAUGGCAGAAAACAGAGAGCACCGUGCGGCCGUCGAGGCUGAGCUGGAUCCAGUGGAGUACACCCUUCGGAAGCGACUGCCCCACCGCCUGCCCCGGAGGCCCAAUGACAUCUAUGUCAACAUGAAGACUGACUUUAAGGCCCAGCUGGUCCGCUGCCAGAAGCUGCUGGACGGUGGGGCGCGGGGUCAGAACGCAUGCACUGAGAUCUACAUUCAUGGCUUGGGCCUGGCCAUCAAUCGUGCAAUCAACAUUGCCCUGCAGCUGCAGGCGGGCAGCUUCGGGUCCCUGCAGGUGGCCGCCAAUACCUCCACGGUGGAGCUUGUUGAUGACCUGGAACCAGAGACUGAUGCACGAGAGCCGCUGACCCGCAUCAGAAACAACUCGGCCAUCCACAUCCGAGUUUUCAGGGUCACACCGAAGUAAUUAAAAUGAGUCUGGCUCACUUUGUCCAGCCACCCUCAGCUAGGCUCAGGUAUGACUCUCCUUGUACUGAGUACUGUCAUGGACCUCCUGCCAGAGCCAGGAAAAGCCUGUCUUCUCAUAGCCCAAGGGAUUCUGAAUUGAGACGGGGAGUGUGUCUCUUGGGCCCAAGCACUAGGCCUUCCUGAAUCUUUGUGGUCUGUAACCCACCAUUGUCCUAGACAAUAAAAAGUAUCGAGUUGUGUUAGUGUCCAUCCA